UAUUCGGACACAAAACGAUCGGUUCCUUCGAGUGCUUCGCCGACAACACCGACGACACCCGGAGGCUCACGAAGACGACAGAGCACUAAAGAGAUAGCAUUGGAGAAGAAUGACUUCAUUGCUCCACAAUUUACCGACAAAUUAAAGGAUUUGAAGAUCAAAGACGGCGAGUCAUUAACGUUGAAGGCUGUGGUAACGGGUGAUCCCGAGCCACAUAUUCAAUGGCUCAAGAAUGGCAAACCAUUGUCUUCAUCCGAUAUCAUAGACUUGAAGUACAAGAGCGGUGUCGCGAGUCUUAACAUCAACGAAGUGUUUCCCGAAGACGAGGGCGACUACGAGUGCAUCGCAACCAACUCUGAAGGAAAAGAGUCCACAAAAUGCAAACUAACUAUAAUUCCAAUGGAAGAGAAGCCUAAAGAAACGGGUCCUUCAAAGCCGCCACGAAUUGUAGAUCACUUGACCAGCGGAUCCGUUAGUGAUGGCUCACCC